AUGCCUCCCAAAAGAAGUAAGAAAGAAGAGGCCAUGGACUUUUUGUCCAACCUUGACGCCUUGGAUACACCUCAAGACAUUCCUCCCGUUCCCCCAGCUUCAGUAACCGAUCUUAGCGGUACUCCCCGAGUUUCGGUAGAUAGCACUCGAUCUAAAAUCGACCUUUCAACACCUGCUGAACUUCCGACAUCUGGACAAGUACCUGUAGCUCAAGAUCAAGAAGCGAUUAACGCUUUAGCUUUCCUUGAAGCUCAGAUCGCUCACAAGAGAGCACCUCUCUCAGCUCCUAAACCCAAUAGUAGACCUUUAACACCUACUACUAUCGCCGCUUCCACUACGGGAGAAUUCAGUAAUGCAGGUCCUAGUGCUACGUUGGAACCACCCAACGUUCCUACUUCACCUGCUGUUGCGGGUGGUUGGGGUGUAUCAAGUUUUUGGUCAGCAGCUACUAGUGCUGUUCAGAAUGCUCAGAAGAUGGCCGAUGAGCAGUAUAAGAAAGUUAGGAUUGAAGGUGUUACGGGUAUGACUGGACAAUUAGAGGGUUUACAAGUGGGAGGUGUUGAUUUGGGUAAAUUGAGGAAACAAGCGGAAGAGAGACUUAAAGGGAUGGAUUUGGAUAAACUGCGUCAUGACCUCCUUAACAACACCACCUCAGCUCUCACUUCUAUCCUCAACACUGUCGCUCCUCCUAUCUCCGCCCAUGAGACCCUCGAACUCUGGCUCACUCAUCCUAUGGUAGGAUACGCAGGAGUAGAAGGAGUUGUAUAUCGAGCAUGGCUUCGGAUUCUCGAACAAACUGAAAGUGGGGAAUUAGUGGUAGUUUGGUCACCUCCAGAGGGAGAAAAGGGACAAGAAAGAGGUUUGUAUCCUGUUGAAGGGUGGGAUAAGGCUAAAGAGGAGAGUGAGAAAGAGAUUGAGGCUGUAAAGGUCAGAGAAGAGAAAGAUCCUAGAGGUAGGAGUAAGAAACAGAAUCCGAAUCUACCAGUCACGACAAUCCCCAUUUUCUUACAUUUACAACCACUCUUCGCCAAUCUUCCAAUCCCCGAACCUCCUAUUCCAACCAACACCCCAUCUGCCGAACCCCCUAAACAUCUUUACUUUCUCUUAUCCCUCCUCGACCCGAUUCACGGAUUACGUUUCACCACUGUCUCUCAAGCUGUCCCAUCUGAUUGGUUAGAGGUAGAGUACGAAAGUAGUGAUUGGGUGGAAGAACGUUUGGUGGAUGUUAUUCGGACCGGUGUGGAGGUGUUGGCUCAGGAUUACGUUGCCACUCGUAUGGGUUUGAAACCAUCU